AUGAAGUCCAAACUCCUUCACACAAGAAACUUCAUGACCGAGCCCCGCUCAUAUUAUUUCCCCAGGCGCACUGCCUGCCACAUCCUCCCUCACCCGCCUCUCUGUCCGUGCCUGCAGCCGUCGCCCAUGCUGCCCUCUACGCCUGAACGUCCCUGCCCACUUUGCCGCCUCCGCAGAACCCUGGUCUCAGCUCGGUGUCACCCCGCCUUCCCCAGCUCCCACCCACACACAGAGGACGGACACGUCCCAGGAGACUACAGCAAACGAGUGUAUCAAGGUGUAAGAGUGAAGCACACAGUCAAAGAUCUACUGGCAGAAAAACGAUCCAGGCAAACGAGUAAUUCAAGAUUUAAUGGCAGCGCCGGCUCCCCUCCGUCUCCGUUCGUCCAGAUGCCAGGUUCACCGGUCAUGUCAGGUUACUAUGGUGUCAGAAGAUCUUUCCUCUCUGACUCGGACUUCCACAACACCAAACAAUUUGCAAACGACCUCUCCACCUCCAGUGUGGCGAAGUCCUUCCCCUGCGAAUCCUCCGCGGGCCAGAGCCACCCCGCCCUCCUGGAUUCUUACUUCCCGGAGCCCUACGGGGACCACCGCCCGCCGGCCCUGACGCCCAGCACCGGCCCGCUGAUGGGCGCCUCGCCUCUGCCGCCACUCCUGCCGCCCCCCUUCCCCAGCGACCCCACACACUUUGUGCUGAGAGACUCGUGGGAGCAGACAGUGACGGACAGCCUCAGCCCGCUGGAUCCUGUGCCCACCGAUGCCCUGCAGACCUUGCCGCCCAGCAUGAGCUGCCUCUCCCAGCUGGAGUCCAGCGGCAACCCCCAGCACAGGAACUCCAGCUGGGGGAGCCCCAUGGCUGGGGCUCAGUCCUACUCGUUGCAUGCACUGGAGGAUCUGUAUCACACCCCUGGGUACCCUGCCCCACCCCCGUACUCCUUCGCCUCCUUCACAGCGAUGUCCAAUGACCUACCACCCAAGGCGGUGCCCCUGGCCCCAGAUGAGGGGGCAGAUGCCUCUGCCCCUCAGGGCCCUUCACCAUGGACCAAAGAAGAUGGGAACAUGGUGUGGGGGUCGUACGAAUGCCGCAGAGCUUACUGA